AUGGACGACGCAACAACGACCUCGUAUCCCACCACCGAUCUCGACCAAUACUACUUGACUUACCCACUUUCCAACAUUGCCAAAGACCAUCUUGAAACCGGAAACAAAAUCAUCAUGCCUCAAUCCGCCCUGGAGCAACUCACUCCCCACGAGGAGGAGGACGACGACGAAGACGUUAUUAAUGACCCCAUGGUGUUCCGUGUGGAAAGCACGCGCACGGGUGAUCACACCCAUUGUGGGGUGGUUGAGUUCACCGCGGCUGAAGGGACCGUUUUCUUGCCCACAUGGAUGAUGAACAACAUGAAACUACAACCAGCUGAUAUGGUAAACAUCAAAAACACAUGGCUCCCAAAGGGAACAUACAUUAAGAUACAACCACAUGCCACUAAAUUCACUACACUUCUCGAUCAUAAAUCUUUGCUCGAAAAUACUUUUAAGAAUUUUGCUUGUCUUACAAAGGGUGACACUAUUGUGGUAAACCAUGGGGAGGAUAAGUUUAUGAUCGAUAUAUUGGAGACCAAGCCAUCUCCCGCGGUGUCAAUGCUUGAUACUGAUUGCGAGGUUGACUUUGCACAACCGUUGGAUUAUAAAGAGCCCGUAAAGAAAAGUGUGAACGCUCUUAAACGUAAAAGUUCAGACAAGGAAGAUCGAAGUAAUGGUCCUAGACGUGAUGAUCAAGAUAAAAAGGUUUUGUUUCCAGGCGUUGGGAGGCGACUAGAUGGAAAGCAAUCGCAAAGUGAUGAUAAAUGUAGCUUAACUGUUGAUCAGUCGUUAAAGAAGCUUAAAAUAGAAGAAACAACCAAGCAAGCUGAUGGAGAACAACCAGCCGCGAAAGAGGGGGUGAAACAUGAUCAGUCUAAUGUUGAUCAAGUCAAUAUGAAAGGAAAAGAUGUAGGAGGAUUCAAAGCAUUUACAGGGAAGAGUUAUCGGUUAGGAUGA